AUGGCGACAUUUCUUGGGAGCACAACGAAUCAAAUAUUCAAGACAAUCUGCGAGACGACAUUUCCACUCGGACCCAGAAUCGAGUUCCCUCACUUCAUGCUGCUGAACUUGCCUGGUGUACUUCUCAUGCAGACCCUGGUCUAUUUGUGGUUGAACUUUUAUUUCUUGGGCAUGUUCAGGUCGUAUUAUGACGCACCAUUGCAAAUGGGCAUGACAGAGGAGGAGUCUCAGUACAUAAACACUCUCCUCUCCGCAAGGUGUCAGCAGUUGGGUCGAGUCACCUUCCACGAAACAAUUGUAUCCACAUUUGUGCUUCUGACGAUGAUCUUGCAGGUGAUCAGUAGCUCUUUGCUAACGGACUACACGAAACAUGAAACGUUCAUGAGCCACAUCAAGCUGUCAGCUCCGUCUGUACUGUGUGUGACACUGCUGUUCAUAAUGCCAGUCAAUUUGGAUUUUCUGAGAUUCUUCAAAAGACGUUCCGAUAUAUCAGCACGUCUGCCGAAUAGGCCAACUAAGACGUGUCUCCACUGGGACCUCGUGAAAGUGAACAUACCGUGGAGUGUACUCUUCGUCAUCGGUGGAAGUAACACGAUCUUCGAAGCAUUGAAACUGUCUAAGAUGACGAAAGAGUUCGAGGGCUUCCUGCUGCUGUUCUCCGGCUGGCCCCCGGCGGCCCAGGUGCUCGCCGUCGUGUUGUUCUGCAAAACCCUCACGGAAUAUGCGAGCAAUUCGUGUGUCGCUCACGUUUUAUUACCUAAUAUUGCUAAAGUGUCUGUAAUGUCGAAAGUGAAUCCCCACUAUCUAAUGCUGGCCGCAACGCUUUCCACGUCUCUGCCGUUCCUCGUCAUGACUGGAACACCAGCUAACGCCAUGGUGUUGGCAUACGUCAACAUACCGCCCAGGAACAUGUUACGCGCCGGUGUGCCACUGAAAAUUGUAUCCGUUAUGAUAAUAUGGUUCACGGUGACCGUCUGGUCGAAAGCGAUAUGGACAGAAUUUAACAUGUUCCCGCUGUGGGCCCAGGUUAAUGCGAUGGACCGCCAG